CCUUCUACCUUCCGCGCGCAUACAAGACUACCACCACCCUAUACCAUACCACACCACACCGCACCCCACCAGCCCGCCAUUGCAUCCUCUCUCUCCCGUCGGGGCCUCUACGCUCACAUGGCCAUUGACCAUUGCGCUGACAAAGAAAGUGCCCAGACAGUGCGGCCAGGCAGUCAGGCAUAGCCACUGUACCUACUCCAGGUACCUUCACUGAUGGCGGAGUGGGCAUUCCGUGACCGCGCCAUCACCUCCCGGCGACAGUCCUUUCGACGCUCACUGGCCGAGGCAGGCUUGGCUGAUGACGCCCUGGAGCGAUUGGAACAGAAGCGCAGGCAGCUGGACGAGUCCAUUCACAAAUAUAUUGCUGCCAAGGAACGAGAAUAUCGGAGUUUCGAGAAGGACAUCAUCCAACGCCUUGGCCACGCGUCCAAUGACGCGAAAUCCACUCCAGACACACUCGCAUCGCCGCCGCGGGCGCGAGAAAAGCGGGAGCAACAGGAGGAACAACAGCAAAAUGUCGUGGAUGCGUUGCUGUCAGCGGGGCUGCGAAGGGAGAAUAUUGGCCAGCCGCACUCGAUAGCGAUGGUGGGCGAGAGAGGCGCGACUCCAACAUUGGAGGUGCGAUCAUCUCUGGCUGGCUUGACAGACCGGAGAGGCAGCAAAGAGAGGGAGAAGGAGUUCAUUGGAGUCUUCACGCCCACAUAUCUGCCCGCGCUGGAAAAUGGCAGUGGUGGCAGCAAACGGGCAGACUCUGCGCCGCCGGUAGUGGAAACGCCGGGACAGGCACAAGUCGUCGCGCCGUCAAUCGACUCAGACAUACACCGCGCAGACUCCGACUCGGUGCUGCAGGCGAAGCAGAAGAGACCGAUACAGCUACAGUUGGCGAGUCGGACAUCGUCGUCGGGCUCAUCAGCAGAUGGGAAUGGGCACAGUAGGCUGACUUCGGCACUGAAAUCACCCACCCAUCCUCGUCCCAAGAGGAAGCGAGUGUCAUUGGCGGUGGGCAAUACCAUUGUGGCGCCCUCGGAUAAUGUACCCUCGACUCUGGGAUCGAACAAUAGCACGCCCUCGCACUCACGAACUCGAUCUCCCAACAACUCUUCGCCCAAAGAUUCGCCACAGUCCCCACAGGCACAGGAGGAAGAGCCAUCGAUGGCAACAACGCCUGCAUCAUUUUCAUCACUAGGUCCAGCAAGCAUGACAAGUCAGCUUCCCCCCAGCAGUGACAGUAAGGGGAAGCAACCUGCAACAUCUCCGACACCAAACACUCUUGCUGCUGCUCUAUCUGCCAAGAAAAUUAAUGCAGACGGUGAUCUCGAUUUUGGACUAGACGACGAUGACAUGAGUGCCAAUGGCAAUGAAGCCGCAAACUUCUCCCAAGAUAGCGAUGAUGGGAUCACGGGGCGAGUGAGACGAGACAAUGACGAUGACGAGGCGUAUGAGUCCAGUGAAGGACCGAUGCAUCAGCAGAGCGGCGAGGUCGACGAUCAUGCUGAGCAUAUCGAAUUCCACCCAGGCUCGGUACAACGAACGAAUAGUCCAGGGUAUCGACGUCCUUCAGUGACAACUGAUCCUGUGUACAAAGGAUCGGAUACUGCACUGGUAGAGCACAACGCAUCAGUGCAGCAGAUGUAUGGGUCAACGAUACGGCCACAAGCAUCGUUUGUUGCUGGUUCAUUGGGAGAGUCAUUCAUGGCAUCGAAUGCUGCACGGAUGAUGAGGGAUCGAAGAGCGAGCGAGCAAACGCAGGUUCGCUCAUAACAUGCUGACGAGACCACGAAACAUGUAAUACCUAUCACUCUGGGUUUGGGGUAAGGCAUUUUGGUCGUAAAGAUACCCAGUGUCGUUUUUGAGUACGCACAAAUGAGAAAGAAGUAAUUCGGUUGUCCAUAUGUCACUUCCUAGCUACAUACCAAACUUCUGAUGAGCGUUGGCAGCGUUGAUACCCUGGAUUGGCAUGGAGAUGAUAACGUGACACUUGCAGCAGCAGCAGCAUACUGACGUUUCUUCUCACAGUAUCUCGGAGAAGUUGUCUCUACAGCAAAUAGCGGAAAUGCGCAGCUCAGCAAUCAGCAAUCAGCACACACAAACACACAAACACACACACACACACCCACACACACACAAUAUCCCAAGAGUCCA